CGCUCGUAUCGCUCGUAUCCCUCGUAUGUGCUCGCAUAGCAUACCGUGACACCCAGUGACAUCGUGUGACCCUAGAAAAAGCAUGCGAGAGUAAUCCGUGUUAUUAUUUUCUACCCAACAUCGCCAUUAAUAAAACGUAUCAAAGUGUAAUCAUUCAAAGAGAAUAUUUUCGGGAAUUCAACCAACUGGAAAUGUGCAUUUAGGUAAUUACCUUGGCGCUAUACGAAACUGGGUGCAACUCCAGGAUAGCGGAGAAAAUGUUCUUUGGAGCAUUGUAGAUAUGCAUUCUAUUACUCUGCCACACGAUCCCAAAGAGCUAUACGAAAGUGUGUUAAAAAUUACCGCGACGUUAUUAGCAUGCGGCAUAGAUCCAAAGAGAAGCAUAUUAUUUCAACAGUCCGCUAUACCUAUGCACGCGGAAUUAUGCUGGGUUCUGGGAUGUAUAACAACUUUAGCUAGGUUAGCACACUUACCUCAGUUCAAGGAGAAAAGCGAAACGUUAAAAAACGUUCCAUUAGGUUUAUAUAUCUACCCUGUUCUACAAGCAGCCGAUAUAUUAUUAUACAGAGCAACUCAUGUUCCUGUUGGGCAAGAUCAAGUUCGACAUAUUCAGUUAGCGCAAGACUUGGCUAUUUCGUUCAAUAAAAAGUUUGGAGAUACUUUCCCUAUACCGCACUCUUUGAUAAACGAUGACGCGAGUCAACGAAUAAAGUCUCUACGCGAUCCUCUAAAGAAAAUGUCAAAAUCAAGUUUGGACUCGAAAAGUAAAAUAGACAUAGUCGACGAGCCUAAUAGAUUGUUAGAGAAUAUAAAGAAAGCUGUAACAGAUUGUACAUCAGAGGUAACUUACGAACCUGAAAAACGUCCCGGUGUAGCAAAUUUAAUUUCCAUUCAUUCUAUGCUUACCGGGAAAAUGCCAAGCCAGAUAUGUUUAGAAGCGCAAGGACUAGACACUGGAAAGUAUGUACAUGCGUUUAAGAUUUCAUAUUUUGAUUUUUCAUGGGUGUAUAAACGACCAAGUUUCUUUACUUGUACGAACAGGUAUAAAUUGGCGUUAGCAGAUUUGAUUAUAGAGAAAUUGUCUCCAAUUCGAGAAGAAUUUUCAAAAUUGAUCAAAGAACCAGCAUAUUUGGAACAAGUGUUGAAAGGUGGUAGAGAAAAAGCAACAGAAAUUGCCACGAAUUGUUGGCAUCAAGUUCGUGAAAAUGUUGGCUUUGCAAAUAACACAUACUUAAAUGAAAAAAAAUGUAAAAAAUAUAAUUAACACCUAUCGACAAUAAAACAUGCUCAAUCUGUAUGGAAUAAAUAAUUUUGUAUGA